AUGCUGAUCAGUAAGGCGAGCAGAUUUGGUGUUUGGUCCUGUGCUGUCACACAUUCGGCCCGUCUUUUUUCCAGAUCCAGCAACAUGGCCAAGAGUAAGUUUGAGUAUGUGCGCAACUUCGAGACAGAUGACACUUGUCUGCGAAACUGCUACAUCGUCGUGAGACUCGAUGGUCGCAAUUUCCACAAGUUUGCAGAGCAGCACAAGUUUGCAAAGCCCAAUGACGACAGGGCCUUGGGACUGAUGACAAGGAGCGCCCGCUCAGUCAUGGAAGAGCUGGAGGAUAUUAUCAUUGCGUAUGGCCAAAGCGACGAGUUCAGCUUUGUUUUCAAGCGGACCUCUAACUGGUUCAAAAGGAGAGCCAGUAAGCUCAUGACCCAUGUGGCCUCCCAGUUCUCCUCCUCAUACGUGUUUUACUGGAAGGAGUUUUUUGAGGAUCAGCCCCUCCUGUAUCCUCCGGGCUUUGACGGACGGGUGAUCCUGUAUCCUAGCAAUCGUAACCUCAGAGACUACCUUAGCUGGAGGCAGGCAGACUGUCACAUAAAUAAUUUGUACAACACAGUGUUUUGGACAUUAGUUCAAGGAAGAGGACUCACCACAACAGAGGCAGAGGAUCGCUUAAAGGGAACAUUAGCCGCACAUAAAAAUGAGAUCCUCUUCUCAGAGUUUGGCAUCAACUACAACAAUGAAUCGUCCGUCCACAGGAAAGGUACCACGCUUAUUUGGGAAAAGCGAGAUGAGACUGUCACUAAACGCAUGAAGCUACCAAAUGAAGAGGAAAAGGACGUGCCUGUCACACGCAGCAGGAGGAGGGUAGAGGCUUACCAUUGUGACAUUAUAGGAGAGCAGUUCUGGGAGGAACACCCAGACAUCCUGGAGGAUGACAACUGCUAACGGAACCUUUCCUGUUGAAAAAGAACUGCUCUGAGCAUAUCUGACCUCAGAGGUUGAAGCUGCCCCAUUUAAGCAAUGACUCCAGAGUCGCCGCUUGUUACUGACUUUGUGUCAAAUAACAGGCUACCCUUGAAGCUCGAGUAUAUUCUUACUUUCAUAUAUAAAAAUGUUCCUAAGAUGUAGACGUGACGAUGUCUGUAACGUUUAAAGAAAAGCAAACCCUUCAAGAAUCUUUGCAGCCCAGUGAGAUGCAUCUAGCUCUCCUAAGGUUGCCUUUCUAAAAAUGUAUCCUCAUUUGAUAUCGUGAAUGACAUUUAGAAUACUACCAACACUUGAUCUUUCAACAUGUUUGCUAUAUUUUCUCUUGGGCUUCUGCUUUCGUUGCUCGGGGGUUUUCCAUAGCAGUGUCGAUCUGUUUUACCUUGAAAUUCUAAUCCUUGAGUUUUAAUGCUGGAG